UGAAAAUAUACUUCUAAGCAACAAUAAUAAUACUAGUACUUUAUCCAAAACUACUUUUUGUGUUCCAAAAGACCCAAUAGAUUGGAUAAUUAAUAACACUACUUGUGAUUAUAUUGUAAUGCACGGCUUUAACCAAAAUAAAAAUUUGAACUUUUUAAACAGUAAAAGACAAUACAAUGAUGUUAAUAGAUAUUUAACAAUUUCAUUAUUCGAAAGAAAAUUGCUAAAUGGUGAAAAAUGUUUACGAACAUGGUUAGUUUAUUCAGAAAAAAAAGGAUGUGUGUUUUGUGGACCUUGUCUUUUAUUUGAUAGAGAUAAUUAUUCACAAUUUUCAAAAGAUGGUUUUAAUGAUUGGAAAAAUGCAGAAAGUAGAGUAAGCCAACAUGAAAAUUCCACCAAACAUAAAUCGAAUUUGAUUACUUUAAAAGAAAGAGCAAAUACAUUAGGAACAAUAAACGUUAGUUUAACAAAACAGUUAGAUGAACAUAUUAAUUAUUGGGAAAAUGUAUUGAGACGGGGAGUUGCUACAGUUAAAGCUUUAUCAUCCAGAGGUCUUCCCCUUAGAGGUCACAACGAAAAAUUUGGGUCAACUCAGAAUGGUAAUUAUUUAAUGGCUAUGGAACUUAUCUCUGAGUUUGAUCCAUUUAUUGCUGAACACAUUGGAAAAUUUGGCCAGUGCGGUAGUGGUCACACGAAUUAUUUAUCGUCUACCAUAUACGAAGAAAUUAUUCAGUUAAUGGCUGAUAAAAUCAGGCAAAAAAUUAUUGACGAAAUAAAAACAGUUAAGUAUUAUUCGAUAAUAGUAGAUAGUAGUCCCGAUAUUUCACACGUAGACCAACUAUCCUUCGUUAUUCGUUAUGUUCAAGAAAACGGCGUGCCAAUAGAACGAUUUCUUCAAUUUCUUCCAAACACUGGUCAUAAAGCUAUUGAGUUAUUUGAUUCAGUUACAAAGCUUCUUAAUUCUUACGAAAUAGAAAUAGAAAAUUGCCGAGGUCAGUCCUAUGACAAUGCCCGAAACAUGUCAGGAAUAUAUUCAGGACUACAGGCAAGGAUUAAAGAGUUAAAUCCUUUAAUUGAAUAUGUACCUUGUUCCGCCCACUCACUGAAUUUAGUAGGAUCUUGUGCAGCUGAUAGUUGUGAUGAUACAUUGACAUAUUUUUCCCUUCUUCAAACAGUAUACAAUUUUUUUUCAUCAUCCACGAAUCGAUGGGAAAUAUUGAAAACCCAAUUAAAAAAUAAUCCUGAGUCAAAAACAGUGAAAACAUUAUCAAACACAAGAUGGUCUUCUCGUGAUGAUGCAUGUAAAAGUCUGAAUAAUUCUUGGAAUGAAAUACGUAAUGCACUGAUAUCAAUAACAAACAAUUUAACAGAAAAGGCAACUACGAUAAAUGAAGCUCGUAGUAUACUUAACAAACUAGAUAGCUUGAAAACGGCGUUUAUGAAAGUGUUAUGGAGUUGCCUUCUUGAUCGUUUAAACAAGGCUAGUAAACAACUCCAGAGUGUUAAUAUUGAUGUAUCAGUCAUAGUAGAUAUUUAUGAUUCAUUAAUUGAAUAUACAAAAUCAUUAAGAAAUCCAAUUAUAUUCAAUGAGUAUGAAAACAAAGCAAAACUUUUAUAAGUUGUAAAAGA